AACGGCAAACCAGUCACCCGUUAAUCGGCUUAUUAAAAGGACUAGUCUAAAAGACCUAAUUGGUUUCGGGCUUCCCAAGAUGUAACUUAUUAGCAUUAAGCCGCCAUUGAUCUCAAAGUAUUUUUGUGUAACACGCGGAUUUGAAAUCAAGAUAAACUCCUGCCCUUUAAUAUUGGUGGAUCUUAAGCAAAUACUCUCGUUCUGUUGCUGGUCAUAAUACUACGCAUUUUGAUAGCCAACGUUUCCCCAUUGCGGCUUUGGAGAUCACGUGCUCAAUUUUUACCCAUAAGCCCUGGCGCCGGGCACGCGAAAGGUCAUAGGUGAGAGAUACAUGUGACAUUGAGAGGAAACGAGAUGUUUCUGUUUUGUGUAUAUUUUUAAGAUUAUCUGUCCGUCUAAGUUUUUAUUUCGUAAGCUGCCGAGGCUAGCAGAGACAUCAGUAUGAGAUUGACAGCCCUUCUGGCCAUGGCGGCUCGGGUGAUGGUGCCUGCCGACUACCGCUACGCCACCAGCCGGCCGUGGAGCAUCGCAGCGAAGAGAAUCAACCCACCUGGCAAGAAGAGACGGAAGGUUUUUGUUGAGCCCAUUGCCCACGAAGACUGGUCCGUUUUCCGAGGAGAUACAGUGGAGAUACUUUCUGGUAAAGACAGAGGGAAGCAGGGCAAGGUUGUCCAGGUUUUCCGGAACCGUAACUGGGUCAUUCUGGAGGGUCUCAACACGCACUACAGAUAUAUUGGAAAAUCUGCAGAUUACAGGGGCACAUACAUUGCCAGUGAAGCCCCCCUCCUCCUGAAAGACAUCGCCCUUGUCGAUCCCUCCGACAGGAUUCCCACGCAAGUGGAGUGGAGAUACACCGAGGAGGGGGAGAAGGUGCGGGUGUCAGUCCGAACAGGCCGAAUUAUCCCCAAGCCGUUAUUUCAGCGUAAGGAUGGCAUUGUAACCCAGCAGUGGAAAGAUGGUCCCAAGGACACAUCCCCAGAAGAUGCCCUGGAGAAGACCUACAUGGCCUCGCUGAAGACGCUUGAAGAGGAGGUCAUGGAGAAGCUGGGUAUCCAGGAGACAAGGAGGCAGAGGAAGAGCUUCUGGUACUGAGCAGUGAGCGGAUGGAUGGACAGACGGAUGGAAAGUCCAGCGGAUGGGCCAGCAGUACCUGAAGUUCCUCUUAAUUGACUGUGUACAGCAGUUUUCCUGCGGUAGAUUGAGUGUUACUUCAAACCUUAGGUAUUCUGCUGAAGUGGCUCAGCAUAUGAUUUGUCAGGUAAAAAUCUACCUGAUCUGAAAUCAGAUGUUAACAAUGGCUUUCAGGCUGUUAAUUUUGAAGCGUCAUGCUGGUCUUCAGUUAUCCAGUCUGAUGUAUAUGCAUUAAAAUGUGCAAGAAUAUGUGGCAUCUAAAUAAAUUGAUGGACAAGAAA